UUGAACGACAAUCGUCCGCGUCCGAUAGUGAGUGAACUUUGCGCAAUACACCUGUCCCCUAAACAGUCGACACCAUGGUCCUUUGGAGAAGAGAAGGAGCUGAAGAAUGCGAGUUGGUCGGGGAAGCAAUGGCCCCCUUGGUGGGCAACGGGAUCCUCGUAGGCUUCGCUGGGCAAGCCGUCAUAUCCCUCGGUCUCUCACUGUGGGUGUUCUUCCUAACCACCCACGGCAACAUGGACAUCACACACCCCGAAGGCUCCAAGGAGCGCGACAUCGAGCGCAAGCGAUUAGACUUCGUAUCCAGCAUUCUCACAAUUGGCUGCGACAUCCAACUAACACUGGGCAUCGCUUACCUCAUCACCGUCUUCUCCCAGGUCCAGAUCAUGGACACGUACCACCUGCACCUGGUCUUCGACAUCGUCAGCUUUGUCGCGGUCUCAAACACGGCUGCUCUCGUGUGCUGGCGCUUCUGCCGCGUGAAGAUCGAUGGCCAGCAGGCCACUGAUGACGACGCUGAAACGGAUGCAAAGACCGGCCCCCCAACCCGUCGCACCCGCACGCGCGGCGGCGUCCCACAGCGCAUGUCCUACUGGAACAGCCGGUACCGCGCAACCUUCCUCUUCAUCGCGCUAUAUCUCGCAUUGACAAUCCUCCUCUGCAUCCGGCUCAACGAAUGGGCUCCCAACACAUCCCCCGGCCGCUGCUACCACUCGCACCUGAUCACCAGCCCGGGCGCCUCGCACCCAGGCGACGACAAGAUCUACGUGAGCAUCACAGCCUCAUGGCUGAUCGGCGUCGUGCUGGCAAGCGUCUUCGCGGGCGUUAGCCGCCGGCGGGGCAUCCUCGUUCUCUCGUCGCUGCAUUUCCCGCUGCACAUGUACAUGGCGAUUGCGCUGCGGCAGGCGAACCAGGGGCGGUUCGAGGGCGAGACGAAGCAUGAGAAUGAGUGGGACUUCGGGCAGACGACGGCUGUUGUUCUACUUGGUGGUGCGGUUGUUGAGUUGCUUUCGAAGGGGAGGGAGUAUUGGUCUUUUGAGAGGAGUGUUAAGCGAGAUGGGGGUUUGCCAGAUGCGAGGUAUCGGUCGUUGGGGGAGGCUGAGGAGGGAGUGGACUUUAAUGAUGCGAGACUGCUUGAUGCGCAUCCCGGUGAGGAGGGGCGGGUCUCUGGCGAGGAAAAGACUGUGGUCGAUGCGCGCGCUGCGAAUUGAGAAGGAAAGGUGGGCGAGGGUGAGAACUACGUGUCUGAUUAUGAUUUCUUCCAUUAGCAUGCAGCGCAGAGCCAGUACUAUAGAUGGAUUCGCUCACAUCCUUCUUCUAAAGGUGGGGAAGAGUGGCUAUAUUAAUUUACAUGUUAAGUGAUUCACCUCAGAGUGGACUAGAUUAUGAAC